AUGAGAAAAAAAUUGUUACAGCCAAAAUUUAUUAAUAAAGUUAUUGAUAAGGUUCAAUUAAAGCAAAUUAUUAUAUGGGCUUUUAGAAAUUAUGGUAUAGCUCAUGCAUCUAAUAUGGCGGAUAAGAUCAAAGAUUUAGGAUUUUAUUAUGCUACUAAGGCAGGAAUUUCUUUAAGUUUAGAAGAUUUGAGAAUACCACCUGUUAAAGAACAAUUAUUAGCUAAAACUAUUUAUUCAAUAGCAGAAACAGAUAAAAGACAUAAAAGAGGUGAAAUUACAACAGUUGAAAGAUUUCAAAAAGUUAUAGAUACUUGGAAUAACGCUAGUGAAACUUUAAAAAAAGAAAUCAUACUAUAUUUUAAAAAUACGGAUCCACUAAAUACUAUUUAUAUGAUGGCUUUUUCAGGGGCCCGUGGUAAUAUUUCUCAGGUUAGACAAUUAGUUGGUAUGCGUGGAUUAAUGUCCGAUCCACAAGGUCAAAUUAUUGAUUUACCUAUAUCUAGUAACUUCAGAGAAGGAUUAACAAUUACAGAUUACUUUAUUUCAUCUUAUGGUGCUAGAAAGGGUUUAGUUGAUACAGCGCUACGUACAGCAGAUUCUGGUUAUUUAACACGUCGUCUUGUAGAUGUAGCACAAGAUGUAAUUAUUCGUGAAACUAAUUGUAAAACAUCCAAAGGUAUUUUAUUAGAAGAAAUGGUUGACAAUCAAAAAGUAUUAAUUUCUUUAAAACAAGCUCUAAUAGGAAGAAUAUUAGCUGAAGAUGUUGUAGAUAAUUUUACUAAUAAAAGUAUUGCCUACAAAGAUCAAUGUGUAGAACCUGAGUUAGCUAAUUAUAUAGCAAGAUCCGGUCGUAAAAGUAUUUUAGUACGUUCUCCCAUUACUUGUGAUUCUAUUCAAUCUGUUUGUCAAUUAUGUUAUGGUUGGAAUUUAGCUCAUGGUAAAAUGGUAGAUCUUGGAGAAGCUGUGGGUAUUAUUGCUGCUCAAUCUAUUGGAGAACCUGGUACACAGUUAACAAUGCGCACAUUUCAUACAGGCGGGGUGUUUACUGGAGAAUUAGCACAAACAAUAAUUAGUCCCAAGGAUGCUAUUUUAGAGUAUAUGCAGAAUAUGCCAUUAACUAAUGCUAGAACGCGUUAUGGUGAUGAAGCACAAUUUGUUAAUUCAGAUUGUAAAAUUAAACUUGUAGAGAGCAAUGGCAAUGAGAUAUUAAUUUCAUUAACUAAAGGUUCAUUAUUAUUAGCUGGGCAUAAGUCAAUAAUAAAAGCUGGUUCAGUUAUAGCUGAAUAUCCUUUAAGUAAUCGUGUUAUGACAGAAAGAGCGCAAAAUUCGGUAGUAGCUGAUUGUUCGGGUAGUGUUCAUAUAGAAAAUUUAAAAAUAAAAGAAAUAAGAAAUAAACAAAAUGUAAUAAAAAGCGCUGAAACAAGUGGUGUUAUUUGGAUUUUGUCAGGAAUAGUACAUAAUAUAAACGAUGAUGCAAAUAUUAUAUUAUCCCAGAAUGAAAGAAUAUAUGAAAAUAGUAUAAUGUCAAGAACACAAUUAAUUAGUCGCUAUAGUGGUCGUGUUUCAGUUCCAAAUCAGCAAAAUAAAAAUAUAAAUCAACAAAUAUCUAUAAUAAUGUCAACAAAAACUUUUAUUGGUAUAAAAGUUUAUAUAGACAAUAAUGAUGGAUCUCAAAAUCAUAUUUUACUUGUAGAUCAACAAGAUAAAUUUUUAUUAACUGUUUUGCCAAAUCAAAAAGUUAACCAUGGGCAAAUAAUAGGAAAUUUAAUUUCUAAUUUAUACAAAACAAAAACAGGCGGAAUUAUUAAAUAUUUAGAUUUACCAAUAUCUAAGAAGAAGACAGAUAAUAAAAAUGAUUAUUACGAUAUUUUAGGACCAGGUUAUAUUCUUUGGAUACCUGAAGAAACUCAUGAAAUUAAUAAAGAUAUCUCUCUUCUUCUUGUUCAGCAUGGUGAUUUUGUUGAUUUAGGAACAGAGAUAAUAAAAAAUGUAUUUGCUAAUAAUUCAGGUAUUGUUGAAGUUGUCGAAAAAGAAGGAAUAAUUAGAGAGAUCAUUAUAAAACCUGGCAAAGUUUACACAAUCAAUAAUAAAGAUUUAAAUCAACAUAAAGACAGAAAUAGAGGUUUUCUAAGGCCUGGUGAAAAAAUCAUUAAUGAAAUAGUCUCUGAUAAAUUAGUGUAUUGGGAACAUAUAAAAAUUAAAGAAGAUAAUAUUAUUUUAAUUAGACCUGUUGUUGUAUAUUCAGUCCCUAAUAAAGGUUUAACUUUAUCUUAUACAGCAGAUUCUUUUGAAAUAAAUAUGAUAGAUUUGAAGCUAAUAAGACGAACAUAUUUUAGAGAUGGUGCAAGGGUUAAAUCUGUCUAUGGUGUUAAUUUAAUUAAUACACAUUUGGUGGUAAAUUUAAAUACACAAAUUUCAGAUAUAAAUUGUAGAAUAGAGUUUAUAAAAAAUAAUUUAAGUAGUUCUUAUUCUUUAUUAAAACUCAGUACAUUUGAUCCUCUUUCUUUAAAAGACUCUAACGUCAUUAAUUCAAAAAAUUUUUAUACGAAAACAAGCAUUAAAGUUAAAAAUGGAGAAUACAUAACAAGUGGAUCAAUUGUAGCUGAAACAGAAGUUAUUUCUAUGAUUAAUGGAAAAGUUAUGUUCAUUCAAGAUAUUAAACAUUCUAAUCGUCGUAUGCUAAUUAUUAGGCCUACUGACAUUAGAACUUUUAAGAUUAAUAAUACGCAUGAAAUAAAAAUACAAAUUAAUGAUUGGGUUUAUACAGGUGAUGAGAUAGCUACAAAUAUCUUUACAUUGCAUUCAGGGCAAAUAAUUGAUAUCCAGGAUACAAAAAUAAUUAUAAGAAUCGGUCAACCUUUCCUUAUUUCUAGUGAUUCUAUAUUACAUAUCCAUAAUAAUAGUUUAAUUAAAAGAGGAGAAAGUUUAGCAACAUUAAUUUUUGAAAGAGCUAAAACCGGAGAUAUUGUUCAAGGAUUACCAAGAAUAGAAGAAAUUUUAGAAGCAAGGAAAAAAGCUGGUAAUUCCUUUAACCCUCAUCAUAAUUUAGAGUCUAACUUUCGUGGAUAUUUGAAUAAAGGAUUGAGUGUUUAUGAUUCAACAAGAUUAAGUCUAUUAGAUACACAGUUAGAAUUAAUUAAAGAGGUUCAGUUGGUUUAUCAAUUACAAGGAGUAGAUAUUUCCGAUAAACAUAUAGAAGUUAUAGUUAGACAAAUGACUUCUAAGGUUAAAAUAGAAAAUGGAGGUAAUACUGAUUAUUUACCAGGAGAAAUGGUGGAAUUGCAAAAAAUAGAGUCUGUUAAUAAAUCUUUAUCUGUAAUGAAUAAAAAUAAAGCAACUUAUCAUCCAAUUUUAUUAGGUAUUACUAAAGCUUCAUUAAAUACAGAAAGUUUCAUUUCUGCAGCUAGUUUUCAAGAAACUACAAAAGUACUAACAGAAGCUGCUAUCUCUGGUAAAUUAGACUGGCUAAGAGGUUUAAAAGAGAAUGUGAUUAUUGGCCGUUUAAUACCAGCAGGUACAGGUUUUAAAAUUCAUAGCAAUUCUUUAUUAAAUACAGAUAACAGUGAACUUCUUGUAGAUAAUAAUAUAUUGAAUAAAGCUGAACUUAAUCAACCAAAGUCUAAUUUUGAAGAUAUUAUUUUAGAUGACCGAACAGCUCGAAAUUAUCCAAUUAAACAAGAAAAAGAUAUAAAUAUAGAAAAAUAA